AUGGCUGAUCUUGAACAAGAUGUCCAAGUUCCUCGCUUUUUUAUAUGUCCAAUUUCGCUUGAGAUCAUGAAAGACCCUGUAACUCUCUCUACAGGGAUCACAUAUGAUCGUGAUUGCAUCGAGAAAUGGUUGUUUUCUCAGAAGAAUGAAGUUUGUCCGGUAACCAAACAAGUCGUCGUUGAUAUUGAGCUCACACCGAACCACACCCUCCUGCGACUGAUCCAGUCAUGGAGCACCCUUAAUCCGUCGUCUGGCAUCGGGACAUUCCCAACACCACGGCUUCCGAUCUCCAAAACCGAAAUCGUAAAACUCUUGAAGGAUUCUUCUUCAAAGUCUCCUCACCUGCAAAUGAAGUGUUUGAAGAAGUUAAAAACGAUUGUUAUGGAGAACGAAAAGAACAAAAAGUUGAUGGAAUCAGUAGGUGCAGCUGAUUACCUUGCGUGGAUCUUAACCAACGUGGAUAAUAAAAUGACGUCAUCACCACCGGCCGGAGACGUUUAUGGUGUCGACGAGUUUAUUUCGACUGGAGCAGACGAAGCGCUAAGCAUUCUUCACCACCUUCACCUGUCACCAAUGAGUCUUAAAUCAUUGUUCGGAAAGACUGGAGAUUUCGUUGAGACGUUGACGCGUGUGAGGGAACGCGCCACCAGUUACGAGUCACGUGCUUACGCCGUCAUGUUACUAAAAGCGAUGUUAGAGGUGGCGGAGCCCAUGAAAGUGACGUCAUUAAACCCUCGUUUCUUCAUUGUGCUUGUACAAAUCUUGGUGGAUGAAAUCUCCCGGAAAGCCACAAAAGCAACACUAAAGCUACUCAUCAACGUCUGUCCAUGGGGGCGGAACAGGAUGAAAGCGGCGGAGGCAGGGGCGGUUCAGGUGCUGAUCGACAUCCUCCUGGAUUGCACAGAAAAGAGAGUCUCGGAGAUGGUUAUUGUGGUUCUAGACCAACUUUGUCAGUGCGCAGAAGGACGAUCGGAGCUGUUGAAACAUGGAGGUGGAUUAGCGGUGGUUUCCAAGAAGAUCUUCCGAGUGUCAUCUUUGGCUAGCGAGAAGGCGGUGAGCAUCUUGCAUUCGGUAGCGAAAUCCUCCGGCAACAGAAGUGUUCUGCAAGAGAUGUUGCAGUUGGGGGUGGUCGGAAAAUUGUGUUUGGCGCUGCAAGUAGACUGUGGAAGGAAGACGAAGGAGAGUGCAAGUGAGAUUCUAAAGAUGCAUUCUAGGGUUUGGAAAAAUUCUUUUUGCAUACCCUACAAUUUAAUUGUUUCAUACCCAUCCUAG